AUGGCCGAUCAGCACCAUGGCAUUCCCAUGUCCUUCUCACCCAACAUCGAUGACAUCUCCACUGGUCAGCAGCUGCAGCAACAGUAUGCCUCCGCCCCCGUCCCUUAUGUCGGCGACGCCUCUGGGUUUUACUUCCAGCAACAAUAUGCUCCUUAUGCCGCUGCCGCUACCUUCCCCAACCUACAGGAGGCAGGGUCCUCCUCCACCAAGAAGGUCCGCGGUAGGCCGCCGGGCUCUAGGAACAAGCCUAAGCCCCCUGUGAUCGUCACCCAGGAUAUUGAUUACCCUGUGAAGCCAGCCGUCAUCGACAUUGGGAGUGGCUUUGAUGUCGUGGAGGCGACCGUCCUAGUAGCCCGCCGCCGCAAUGCCGGCAUUGCCGUGCUCCAUGCUGCGGGCGCCGUUAACAACGUGAGGCUUUGCCACCCUUUGACCCAGGCCGCACCUUUUACCGUUCAUGGCCCCUUUAAUUUGUUGGGCUUCUCCGGCUCUUAUUUGACACCAUCUGCUAUCAGCGGUGGAUUUCCUCCUCCUUCUUUGCCGCCGUUCAUCCCCAACCUCCCUCCCUCCGCAAUCCGCUCGUCCUUCGGGAUCACCCUCACUAAUCCCCAGGGCUAUGUGUUUGGUGGGACUGUUGCUGGGAAGGUCGUGGCUGCGGAUCAGGGUGUAACCGUGACUGCUUUGCUUUUCAAGAACCCAGAGUAUCAUAACAUUGGUGUCCUUGAAUAUGACAUUGUGGAAGAAGAUAUUGAUAACGAAGACGGCGGUGAUGGUGAUCAUGCAGGUGUUGGCGGUUCUGGUGGCGGCGGCGCUGCUGUUGCUAGCGGUUCUACCAUGCCUGUUUUUGGUUCGGCUACAAUGGGUUCCAGUGUCCCUGUUAGUGGUUCUGGCGGCGGCGGAGGCCUUGGUGCUAGUGGUUUCGGCAUGCCUGUUUUUGGUUCGGCUCCUACUCCUAUUUCAAUGGGUUUCUCUCCUGUUUCAAUGGGUUCUGGUUUCCCUAUUGGUGGUUCUAGUGGUGGAGGCCUUGGUGCUAGUGGUUCUAGCAUGCCUGUUUUUGGUUCGGCUCCUACUCCUAUUUCAAUGGGUUUCUCUCUUGUUUCAAUGGGUUCUGGUUUCCCUAUUGGUGGUUCUAGUGGUGGAGGCCCUGGUGCUAGUGGUUCCAGCAUGCCUGCUUUCAGCUUGGGUCUGGCUCCGACUUCCAUUCCGAUGGGUUUCAGUGUCCCUGCUAGUGGUUCUGGCGGCGGAGGACUAGGUGCUAGUAGUUCCAGCAUGCCUGCUUUCAGUCUCGGUCUGGCUCCGACUCUAGCUCCAAUGGAUUAUGGUGUCCCUAGUCCCAAUGUCAUGCAUUGGGGCCAUGGUCAACCCGGAGCUCACUCACCAUACUAUUGA